UCGCGUCCGAGCCGCGGACUUCUUUUCCGAGAGUCAGCUGUUUUGGCUUCGGUUCUGCAUUGAGUCCGAACUACAUCCUUCUCUCUGUAUCCUUCAACAAUCAACAAUAUAAGACCCGACAAUAUUACGGCACUCACUCGUCUAGUCCAGUCUUUCGGGAGGCGGAUAACCGUACACGAUAGCCUGGGAAAGAUGCCCGACGCUGCCCCCGUCAGGGAGCCACAGACCUAUCUCAAAGAUUUGAAGCCCGGCCUCAAAAAUCUCCACUGCUUGUUCAUCGUCCUCGAGGUAGGUAAGGCUUCGACAACGAAGGACGGUAACGAGAUACGUUCGUGCAAAGUCGCCGACAAGACCGGUUCGAUCAAUUUCUCGGUCUGGAACGAGCCCGGCAAGCUCCUGGAACCCGGUGACAUCUGCAGACUCACCAAGGGCUACGUGUCGCUCUUCAAGAACUCGUUGACUCUGUACACCGGCAAAGGCGGCGAUCUGCGGAAAAUCGGAGACUUUUGUCUUCCGUUCGUCGAAACUCCGAACUUCUCGGAACCGAAUCCGGAAUUCAUCCAGUUUAUGAGCAACAAGCUCAACCCGGAGAGCAGAGCCAGUCCGCCGAACAACAACAAUAACAGUACCAGCAACAACAAUAAUGGAGCACCCCGACCCCAAGGACAGCGACCACCAUUCCAGAAUCGACAGAAGCCACCACCGCAAGCCAAUCAAGGGGCUCCUUCUAGGAACACUCGACCUAACUGGCAGCUCAUGAAGGAAUAGUCAUCCAUCCCGGCACUAUUUUCCGAUAAGGAACGCCCGUCGGCAUCAGCUGCCGCAUCGGGAACACGUCGACCACUCGACGUUUGCAAUCUCCGACCGAUCGAGUUAAUUAUACGGUUGGCUGUCUGAAAUUGUGUGGAACCUCUUCAAUUUGGGAAGCUCGAUUGGAGAAUCUCUGCCGUUGUAGAUAUGGAAAUUGAUGAUCGUGAGCUGUCUGAGAUGUAAAAACCGUUGAGAGACAGUUUAGCCUGUAAAUAAGUCAUGUAAACAGUUUUUAAUAAAGACAAUAG